AUGGCAAGCUCUUUGCAUCAAGAGGCUCUCCAAACCUGUCUUGCCCUGGCCCGCGAAGCCUCUGACGCAGGCGACUCACCAUUUGGAUCAUGCCUCGUCGAUGCCCAGGGUACCAUCAUCAAGACCGACCGAAACCGCACCAGGACAGGUCUCGAUGGCACUGGCGCUCACCCAGACUCGACCCUUCACCCGGAAUUCACUCUCGCGCAAUGGGCCAUGCUCAAUCUGACGGCGGAUGAGCGCGCCUCAACGACGUGCUACACGACCGGAGAGCAUUGCCCCAUGUGCUCCGCCGCCCAUGCCUGGUGUGGCCUGGGAGACAUUGUCUUCAUCGCAUCAGCGAAACAGUAUGAUCAUUGGAUGAGGCUGGCUGGGUUUCCCCUCGGUCCGGUCAAGCCGUUGGGCAUUGGUGAGAUCACUACGCGUAUCAAGUGGCACGGCCCUGUCGAUAGUUUGGUCGGGGAGAUCAAGGCCAUCCACGAGGCAAGAUGGGCUAAACAGGGAGCUCCAUAG